AUGAAGCCAUCGUCUGGUAAAAUAAAUCCCGAUUUAGCCCGUGAACGAGGAAAAGCAUCCUUUGACACAAGGGAACUAACUUACUUGCUUUAUGGAGGCCGAGAGAGAACAGAGCGUAAGAAAUUCUUAGGUGAGAAUAUCGACUGAUGGUUAUAGCUGUGAGGUUGGCAUUAGCGUUAGAUGGCAUUUGGAUAAAUAAUUUCUGAUAAUUGCUUUAAUCAGGUAAUUGGGGAGAACGUGGCAAACGCAUCAGCAUCGAACGCGAUCAAAUGCGAAAUGCAGUGUUCGCAUUGAAAUCGACAUUCCAGUUCGAGAAAUGUCACGCGAACCGAGACCCUUGCAAAGUCGACCUUAGACCUGACACACUUGAGUGACACAUAACCUGCUGUCUAUGUGAUAUUUAGACUAUGAGCUCGAGAUUUCUAUCGCUUGACAACUGUGAUGAGGGUGAAGCCCAAAUUGACCAUCACGCAUAGAAAUCUAGAGCAAGUAGUCCUAUUGUUUUUGUUUAAAACCUCAAGAUCAUGGUUUUUAUUUUUUAUAUAUAUGUAUUUUUUUUCAAGUGCACACUUUUUGCUACUCUGUUUACUCUCUACCUGUCACAGAAUAGAUAGUGAGUACUUCAGCCAAUCAGAUUACAGCCCUUGUGAUGGAACAGUGGUAGACUUAGCUUGUCAAAUUACUCUGCUUGUACAUUCAACUUUUUCUGUUUUUUUCGGGUGAAGGCUCAAAUUUUUCUGCUAUGUAAUUGGCCUUUGGAUAUUAACUGGUUUGAGGUUAAAGUUGUGAAUCAGCAGUCAUGGCUUAAGAGUUUUCAGCAGGUAUAGAUACAGUUACAUGUAUGAGAGGAUGCAUUGCCAAGCAAUUACUGUGCUAUCUGACUCUGGAUUGCAAGGUCUGGGUUUAGGGUGGAGAGGGUCAUUUUGUCAUGUUCAUGGGCUAGACAUGUCACUGUUUUAGAGUCUCUCUCUGCCCAGUGGUUCAUAUAAGGACCACGUGUCUGACAGGAGAAAGGUUGAGGCAGGGUGAUUGAAGGGAGGAGAUGGGGGGAGGUUAGGAUCAACUGUGCUGCAGUACUACAUAGCUACUUUGAGGGAGUAGCACUGUAGUAUUGUACCUUAUUCAACUUGUAAACUGAAAGUGGAGUUAGAUUUGGCAAGAUAUAUGUGUUGACUUUUCAGUUGAAUUUACCUUUUCAUGGAUGCAUUUAAUACUUAUAGUGGACUUAUCGCAUUAAAAUGGUAGUAGGAACUGCCAGAGGGACUUUCCUCCCCUGUUUAAUGACCCUGGGACAUGUUUGAACCCUGAUACAAGAAGACAUCAACAUAGGGGGGCAACCCAUGCUGGGGUGGGGUCCUGGGGUGCCUGUUAAACCCCCCUCCCCCACACACAUUUGUAAGCAAACAACCUACAAUAUUAAGGUGACAAAAACUGGUGAAAACCCUCUAUUUGACACAUUGUGACCCCCUUCCUAUGAAAAAUCCUGUCAAUGCCCCUGAUGUAACCAAUUGUCUGCCCUGCAUGUUCAAUAUUUAUGAUAAAAUCUGUUUUUAGUUAGCUUUUAAUUAAAGGUUUUUGUUAUCAAAAUUUCUUUUCCCUUUUAUUCAAUUGAAGAGUCAUUGGUAGAGAAGGAUCCUGUGUUUAGCAAAGAAGAUGAUUACAUCCUGGAUCGCAGACGUGCUUAUGAGAGAGGUUUACAGAAAGGAUUAAGAAUUGUAGAGCUAGUGAAAGAACAUCAGAUAACUGAUCCUAACGAACAAAGCAUUUUAGGAAGGUAUAGAUAGUGCAUUUUAAACAAAGGAGAAAGUAUGACAUGACCAUUACUGGUUUAUAAAAAGCAUGAACACUACUGAUAAAUGCUGUGGGCCACAAUCACUUGAUUUCUGCCGCUAACUGAUGAGUACAGUCAUUGUUUAUGCCUAAGUGUGGGGUCCUUCUCAGUCAGCAACAGACUUAAUGAGCAUAAUUGCAGGGGUAAACAGCAACUUUCAGGCAAGCUAAGAUUAAAGAACUCUCAGCUGACUAUGAUUACAACCUACUUGUUUUUAGCCAAGUCAAUGCUUCAGUAACAGAUGGGACAAAAUUCAGCUACUCCUUAUUCAUAGGGUAGUCACCAAUUUUAGAACUUUCUGACAUGACUGUUUAAAAGGGAUCAUGGAGAAGUACUAUGUUUCUGAUAAGAUUUCAAUUCCACAUACACAUGUAACUGAAAACUUGUGUAAUUGUAAUACAAAAUAUAAAUCUGGUAAAUCAUGAUGGGAUAUAUAUACAAACUUACAGGCUAUCAACUCUUUCUCUAGGAGCACACAAACCCACCUGCCACACACCUUGCAUAAAGGGAUGUUCAUUCCUACCAUAAAGGUACCUCAAAUUGUUCAUAUUUAUUGAAAAAAGCACAAACUGACUCCAAAAAAAAUUGAUACCCUUCUGAAUUAGUUCAUAAUUCUGUAACACUCUUAAACAUCUCAAUUUCAGAAAUUUAUUUUAGUCAGAAAUAGAUAAUAAUGAAAAAGGCUGACAGCUAUGAAACGCAAAUGUUUCAUUAUGUUGCAAAUGGAAUGACACAACAUUCUUUCUGAUAGACCUUAUAAUUUAUCUCAAAUAUUUUUGUAGAGCAUACCUGUAAUAAGAGGUACAGGAGAGUAAGCUAAGGACUGAAUGCUAGGGGGGUUGGGAAAUGUCCUCAUUCUCUGUGGAACCUGCCUCAUGCUUCUUUUGUUAGUUGCUGAAAAUUACAGUUAUGAACAGACUGAUUAUAUGUUCAUUCUUUACUGUGAAUAUAUGAAAAUCAUUAUGUGAACUGCAGAUUAAGAAAUGAAUAUGAAAGCAAUCUUUGCAGUAGUGAAUGCUACUUAACUGAGCAGAAAUGAAGAUAAGGCCUGAAAAAAUUCAGUCCUGUACAAGAUUUGAACAUUAUUCAUCACUUCACGGGUUUAUUACGAAGCAAAAAUAUGACCAGCUCCCAGUUGGCUUUUUAUGUUGUUACUUCAGUUGGAAGAGUACUACACUGGUAUCACAUAGGUGAUGGGUUCAAAUCCUAUACCUGAAUUUUUUCAGGCAUUAUUUCCACUUCUGCUUAAGCAGUCUUCAUUACUGCAAGAAGGCUUUUAUAUAAAUGUACUUUCUUUCUUCUGUCAAUUAAGGGACAAGGAAGUGAAGAACAAAAAGCAAAAUGGCUGCCUCUUGCAGAGUCCUUUCAGAUAAUAGGAACAUAUGCCCAGACUGAAAUUGGCCAUGGUGAGUAUGAAGGUCUAUGAACAAAUUCUCCUUGUCAGCAUCUUAUGAAAUGUAUAGAGAACAAUAUGGAGAAUAUGCAUACUGAUGUUAGGGAGGAAAAGGUUAGGUAUUUGGCAUUUAGUAAUUUGAUGAAUUAUCUUAUGCAUAAAUUAUAUUUUCAGGAACUUUUGUGCGUGGCCUGGAGACAAUAGCAACAUAUGAUAAGACCACACAGGAGUUUAUUAUUCACUCGCCAACUCAUUCAGCCUGUAAAUGGUGGCCUGGAAAUCGUAUGUUCGAAAUUAUAUUAUAUAUGGAUGCAUUUUAAAGAUUUGGUUAGAGAAGAUACUUAAGUACCAGGGGAUGAGGAGGAGUUGUGGGCGAGAAGGGAUUGGGACAAGAGAGGGUGUUUCUCUACCUAGACGGCUGUUUUCGUUCAAUCGCCAAGUCUUGAAUGACCUUAUGUAAAAAAAUAAUAAUAAUAAUUUAAAAAAAAAAAAGGAACUUGCCCCUGUAGAUUCAUCAUUGUGGUUAAAUUUAUUGCUUGAACUCUUUAGUAAUCUGUACUUAACGCUAUACUACUUCCAUUCUGAAGUAUUGAUUUAAAUGUCAGUUUUUUGUUUGCUUUUUUUCGUCAUGGUUGAAUAACCCGCGUGAAAAAAGCAGAGUAAUUUACUUUUGCAGAUUUAUGGGUGCGAAUAAAUUUAUCGCCUAAACUCUGUCCUUUCUUAAUGUUAUGCUACAGUGCUUCCAUUUUAAAAUGUUGAUUUAAAAUGUUUUCUAGUGGGAAAAACUUCUAAUUUUGCGACCGUGCCCGCAAGGCUGAUUGUUGAUGGAACUGAUCGUGGAAUUCAGAUGUUUCUAGUUCAGUUACGAGAUCUGGAGACUCAUCAACCUUUGCCAGGUAAGGGAUCUCUCUCUGUUCCUGUUGGAAAGCAAAGGAAAAAAAAAAUGGAAAAUGCAGACACUCACGUCCACUCCACAGGCCCCCAAAUUCAUGACGAAACGAACCUGAAGAGGACUUUUCCUUUUCAACAGUGUUGUAGCAUAGAGACACACGUAUUAGAUGUAAACGCGAGCGCAAACGCAAGAAGACGAGAAUGGGUAUAGUUCUUUUUUCAUUUCUUGCUUACACGACUGUGUCUGCGUUUGUGUGUACGUCCGCGCAGCAAAUACGUGCAUUUCCUUCAAGUUGCAUUUGUAUUUGAGCUGUAUUUGCUUCGUAAUGUUAACAUGUUCCAACCAACAGCGUAGCUCCAUUUUUACGCAGUUAAACACUCACAAUUUUAUCUAUUCGCUCAGACGAAGGGCUAAUGCUCGGAACUUCAGCUUUAGAAACUGUUUACCAUGGUCUAUUCACUUAAUCACCUCAGUUGAUAAAGCCUAUUACUCCCCCCCCCCACUACAAUCUGUUCGGCGCAACGUGAUUCAUCAGGUAACAAUAAAGGGGUAAGUUUCUAAAAAGAAACUGCGUCUACAAUCUGUUUGGCGCACUGGGUGAUUUAUCAUGUAAAAAAAGACCGUUUUUAUUCGAUUGACGAAAAAUCAGCUUUUUACUUUUACGGUGGCUAAUUUACGUUUUCAACCCAGUUGUUAACACUAAAUUACCUGCUCAUCAGGUAACAGCCUUUUAUUCUCCAAAAAUAUCCAGGUAUCACAAUAGGAGACAUUGGAGCCAAGUUUUCUAUGAUGUACAACGGGAGUGACAAUGGAUAUCUAAUGUUUGACCGUGUCCGUAUUCCACUAGACCAGAUGCUAAUGGGUCUUUCAAAGGUAGUAUGAAAUGGGUUGUUGUGCUCGUAUAUAUGACUUGGCGUUAGUGCUGGCUCUUAUGGUACAAUGAUAAGUGGUUAGACACUGAAAGGGGUGGAAACCUCAUUGUGGUUGGAUAAGUUUUUCUAAUUAAAGACAGGUAAUGUUCAGAAUGCUCAAAACCAAACUUUCUCUCAUCACAGUUUAACGUAUUUUUAACUCGUGCUUAACGGUGGAAUAACAUAACAAGUAUCGCGAGUCGCUACUCGUGCGUUGUCAACCUUCCCAAACUGGUCUGAUACCAAUCGAAAAACGAAAUAAACCAUAUGAAUUAAUGACGGAAAAACUCAAAAUCCUUAAAUGGUUUAUCGCAAUAAAACGCGACCUGAAAUUCCUUGCUGUGAUAACAUUCUGUCUUCACUCCGAGAAAAGCGUACAUAACUUUCUAUCAAUCGCCCAGCCUGGCACUUUUUUUUUUUCAGUUAUUGUGUCUUUCCCCCUACACCUAUUUAGAUUUGAUUUUGAUAGGCUUCACAGUAAAUAUAUUGAUUUUACUAUCAAUAACCGACAGUUGUCCCCUGACGGAACCUUCACAAAACCAGCCAACUCCAAACUGUUGUACGGUACCAUGAGUUUGACGCGGGCAGGCAUUGUUGGCGACUCCUUCUGGCAGUUAUCAAAAGCGAUCACUAUCGCCAUUCGUUACAGUGCUGUGCGGCGCCAGGGUCAGCUGAAACAAGGGUAUGGGACAAGUUUAUUGGUUUUAGAAACCAUAUGCAUUCCUGUCAUCAACCUGUCGACACCCAAGAGUGACUAGCAUGAUAUUUUCUCGUUUCAUUACUACCCCUGGAUUAAACGUUGAGGUGACUCCUCAGAAAAAAAAGUUAUCGAACAAUUUUUUUUAACUUUCCUUAAAUAUACCCUACCAAUGUCUGUUUCGAAAAAUAUAAUAAAAAGGAUAGGUCACUGUGCUUGUUUAGGAGAUAUAAUGGACUAGACUCACCCCAUUUAUGUCUGCGUUGGCACUAUUCACGCGCGUCAUGUCAUCAGUUCACGGUACAUUUGCUGCAGCAGGAAGCAAGUGUUUUUAAGGUAACACUUGGAAAAAACUUGAUUUUUAGUAGAAAGAAAGCCUCGAGCGUUUGAAAUCGCGUAAAUUCAAACGAUAUCGACUCAAAACGUUCCUCGAGUCGUUCCUUUCAUGGUCGUUAUUCGCACCCUCGAGUAACGGGCUUCGUGCACGCUUUUAGUUUAUCUUUUAUCCCUUCGAAUAAUUUUUUUAAUUCCCUCAACUCAAAGGGGACAAAUUGACUCUUAGAUGCGCUUACUUGGCCGUUAAUGAGGACUCAGUUUGUUUUUCGUUUGUUUGUUUGUUUGAUUUGUUUUAACAUGAUGUUUUAAAUUGUUUGUUGGUUUGUGUGCGUCAGGUUUUUGUUUGUUUGUUUGUUUGUCUUUCGUUUGUCAUUAUACGCGUUACGAGAAGGUUUGGUUGAAUUAACCGUUGGUGAAACACUCGGAAACGUAUAUUUAGUGAUUUACCCACAAGUUGUCUUUGAUCUUACAACAGGGAACCCGAGACCCAGAUUAUCGAUUACAAGACACAACAGUACAAACUGUUACCCGGGCUGGCCAUGGCCUAUGCCUCAAAGUUUGCGUUUGAUCAUGUGUGGAGAUCGUUUCAGGAACGUCAAAAGAAAAUUGCAGCUGGUGACUUGUCCAUAUUACCAGAGGUAAAGUAAAACCUUUUCGUGUUCCCAGUCUGAAAAUGGUCUAUGGUAUAUGAGUUGAGAUACUAUGGGUUGUUAACCAGUCAAAAUUCAAUGUAAUAUACUAUCGCCAGCCCUUUUAAAUAGAGGAUGUCGUGUGGCAGCCAUUGUAAUACGAAUUUUAUCCUAAGUGAGAGAUAUUAUCGGCACGUAGAUUUUUCUUUUUUUUUUUCUUUUUUUUUUUUUUUUUUUUUUUGCAACAAACUUUGCCUAAGUUUUCCUCAAGUUUAUUCUUUUUUUUCUAUUUCUUAUUUGUAGAGCCAUGCUAUCACCAGUGGUCUCAAGGCGUUUUCGACUUCAACGGCCAUGCAUCAUGCAGAGACGUGCCGACUGGCGUGUGGUGGACAUGGCUACUUACUGUACAGCGGUCUUCCUGAAUUGUAUACAUUGUUGAAUGCUGCCUGUACUUACGAAGGAGAUAAUGAUGUUCUUUUCCUGCAAGUAGCAAGGUAAGCUUGUAUACAUUAUUGUACUGCCUAAAUGGAUGUAGGUGACGUCGCCCCCCCCCCUGCACGAGUCCCCCAAGUGAAGUUUCGUCGCCCCGAAGUGUGGUUGCGUCGCCCCGAAGUUUUUGUGCGUCACCCCCAACUUAAAGCUGCGUCGCCCCCGACUUUUAACCUAAAUGUAAUUGAGGUUUUAGAUGUACUUUUGUAGAAGGUUAAAAAGCUUUUAAGUUAGACGGCCCUACUAUCAAAAACGAUCGCAAUGUUUCGACGGCUUAGUGACCUGGUAGAAACAUCCCUCGCCCAGUGGUGAUGGGUUUGUGAAGUCACUUCUUACUUUGACUUUAAGCGUUUUUUUUUCCUUUGAAAGGAAAAAUUCAUGUAAUUUCACGUUCAUAUCCGCGCUUGGGAUCGUGUUCUCCCUCAUCAUUCGUGUAUUCAGCUUCUGGCAUUAGUUGAAAUUCUUCUCGCGCUGCACGACUGAUUACAUUUGCAAUGAUUAUAUUUUGUAACAGGUUUCUGGUAAAAAUCGCCUCUCAAGCUCAAGAGGGAAAAGCUCUACCUGUCUCACUGAGAUAUUUGUUACGAAGAAAUGAACAGUGUCCGGUAAUCAAUGGAGAAGGAUUUUUGGAGCCAGGUGUACAAAGAACAAUUUACCAGGACAGGACUGGCAGGUGAGAGAAUUUAACCGCUCCUACCCUACCCAAAAAAAUGAUUUAGGAAGCCCAUAAGUAGCCUAACCUACUCUUGAGUACCGUUAUGUGGCGAUCCCGCUAGAUACGUCAAGCGUCCCGCUUUUUCAAGCUUGAGGCGGGGUCCGGUCUCCGCCCGUUUAGUGGCCUUGUAGCUUGCAUCAGUGGUAAGCAUUUCCAUGUAGAAAAAGAAAUAGGCUGUCACUAAUUAAUUUAACGUUCCCUUGCGUUCAUUCAGCGAGGUGAGGGCUGUUGCAGAAAAGCUUCAAAGAAAAAUUUCCUCUGGAACGGACUCCUCUGAUGCUUGGAACGAGCUGUCUGUAGACUUACUACGCUGUGCUAAGGUGAGCCAGAGAGCGAGGUGACCAUAACACAAGCUGUGUUGCAGAGAAGUGUUCAGUCUUCGCUCAGUUCACUCUUAAAACUGUGCACUAGCCUGCAGUGCAGACGUCUUCUUAGGGCGAGUUAACGUGAUGAAGCUCGCGAUUGUUCAUUCAACUGGCCAUGUCUGAUUUGGAGUUACGUCGCUCACCCGCUUCAUACAAAUUUCUAUCUCUCCCCAGUCUUCCGCUGCCAUUAAGAUCAAAUAUGGUGACCUUCAUUUUCAUUAAGAAAAUACUGCGCACUCGUAGGCCAAAAUUACGCUUGCUAUGCAGGCUAACCGCUUACCAGCAACCCAACUAAUAAGCAGGAAACUGAGCGCAAUCUUGCCUUACGCACCCACGUUUUUCUUUUUCUCACUGGCUCUUCUCAGUGUUUUCCCCUUUUUGAUUGGCUGUUGCGAUUGAUUACGUUGUCAUCUUUGUUGUUGGGUUGGGCGUUGCGUUUUUCCGCGCAUAUACCCGCUCCCGUGUCAACACUUUGAGCUCUCAUUGGCUCUCCUCAAUAUUUUCCUUCUUCGGAUUUGCCGUUAUGAUAACGCGAUCUUUUGCUUCAGCCUUUUAAUGGAGUGUGCGCAGCCUUUGAUUCGCGCGGACGUCUGCAAGUAAUAUGUGCCUCCAAUAAAGAUAUCUCACUUAGAUAUAAAUUAUUAGUUUAUUUUUUCUCUUUGUUUCAGGGUUAUAGUCAUUGUGUAAUGGUUUCGUAUUUAUUGGAUUCGAUGGAGAACCUGUCUGGUGUUAGUUCAAGUUUACGCAGGGUGCUGAAAUGUGUGGCAGAUUUGUUUGUUCUUUGGGGUAUCGUUGAAGACUCAGGAAGUUUUCUGGAGGUAACAAACGAUUUUUUAGAUUAAAAACUUCGUAAGCAAGAGCGAUAAUGUUAUGAAGCUGGUAAUAGAAAUGAUUUUAGCUCAGAUGAAACGCCUAACAACCUUGACCUUCAUGCCGAGUGAUAAACAAACAAGAACAAACAAGCGAACAACAAAAGCUAUGAUGUAUCCAGCUUUAAGUAGUGUAGAAGAGAAACCUGCAUGAAAAAUGAAAAUAAAUGAUAGGAAGCCAUUUUUGAUAUCAGUUGUAUGAAGUAUCUGUUGCCUUCUUUUUUUUCUCUAUUUCCUGUUAGGCUGGAGUUCUUAACUGCACUCAAACUCAAACUAUACGACAACAAGUUUAUGAUUUGAUGGACAAGCUCAGGUGAGUUGACUAAGAAUAAAAAUCCCUAAUUCUUAAAAGGGUAGUUUAGUGUUAGCAACUGCGGAGUUGAUAACGUAAAUUGGCCACCGUAUAGAGUUUGAAAGCUGACGUUACGAGCGUUAGCCCUUUCGUCUUUCGCUCUGACGAAGGGCUCGAAAGUUCUGAUAUUCAAGGUUCUGAUAUUUAGCAGUUCUGGAAAGCUGGGUUUUUUUCUUUUUUUUCAACUUUGAAUUGUUUGAAUUUGAAUUGUUUGCUGUCAAGAUCUUCAAGAAUUUUAAUAGCAAUGAAAUUCGAAUAUUUGAAUCUUUAGGAAACGGAACAUAAUAAACUUGUCCUUUGACAGUUCUAUUCGUGAAAUUUAUAAGUUUAGAUAUGGCAUAAGGCCUGCAUUUUCGAGAGUAGGGCCUGGGCCUUAUAUUCGACAUGUGUGAACGCGAGUUAAGAAAAUUGAGUCGAGUACACAAGGUCGAGGCCAGGACAGAAUAGUCCUAGGAGAACUAAGGCCUUGAUAAUUAUCUCAGUCAUCGUUGUGAAACCGAAUCCAAAUCUAUUUUAGCCCGCGCGCUCGCCUGGUUGCUCAGACUGUUUUGUCAUUUUUUUUUUUUGGUUUCAGGUUUUUUUUCUUAAUGCCCCCCAAAGUUAUAAUGGUAAUAUAGUUUAUGUUCAUAGGAAUUAUUAUGUUUUGGGCUGUUCUAAGAGUCAGUUCAACCCUCUCUUAGCGGCGCGGGCUAAAAUGAUUGUGAGUCGGGGUUAAAACAUCUUUAUGCCCAAGAACAUAAGCGCUGUUGUCUUAUGAUAUCGUGAACAGGUUUGAAAAACAGCAGCUUGUUUGAGUUAACCCGAUUUUCUUGUUUCUGUAUUUCUCAACGUAAAGACCUGAAGCAGUGGCUCUGGUUGACGCCUUUGAUCAUUCAGAUUACGUACUUAACUCUCCAUUGGGACGUUUCGAUGGCAACGUAUAUGAAGACCUUUUCAGAUGGGCGCAAAGAUCGGAGUUAAAUGAUGAACAGGUACAGUUUAUUAAUUUUUGAUGGAUAAAGAAAUGUGCAAUCGAGUUUCGUUACUAAUCUGGGAUCGCUAUGUAUUUGCUUUACUUUGCUUUGUGAGUGGUGCCGAAAACUCGUGCAAUCCUCUCAGCCAAUCAGAUUCAACACUAAAUGCAACCCGCGCUUUAUUAAAUUGUCUUAAAAAAAUGAAUAAAUUUGCUUUCUUUUUGGUUAAUUGUGAAAUUUUCUUAUCCUCGGAUUGGCUAUCGUGAUCACUUUAGUUUUGUUUUUAAACAUUCAUUCAUAGAGCGCUCUAUCAUGCAGAAACAUCGGUAAGAGGUAUAAAAAAUUUAGGGCAUUACGACAAAACCGGCUCAAAGUAAGAGUUACCAAGAUGCGGUUGGUUUUUGUAUUGUAUCUGGGCUUGGGUUUUCCAAAUCCUAUGAACACCACUAUAGGGUUGCCUGUGUGUCAUAAAACCAUUCGUUACCGUGCCAACUAAACCUGUUUUAUUAAAGGACUUUGUUUUCAUUUCAGGUGCAACCAGGCUACUACAAAUACCUGCGGCCACUAAUGCAAAACAACAAAUCUAAACUAUAAUAAUAUUUUAAUUACGAUAUAGAUCAAAUUGAACGUGUCAUUUUGGCGUGCUUAAUAAGGGUAAUAAGUGUAAGUAGAGUUCAAUUCGGUCUGUAAUCAUACGUUGAGUGAUUAACAACAUCAGUCGACCAAAUAGCGGGAGCCCGAUUUGUUUUUUAGAAGUCUUGAGAUUCUCUUCCUCGAAUUCAAUAACAAUCUGGAGAAGUAACCCCUAACAAAAUCGUUCGCGCACCCCACUUUAAAAAGCCAUUUGAAGCUGUAGGUUUGAUCUUGUCGUCCAAUCGUCCUGGUAAGGGGACUCCUUAAAAGGGGGUAAGUUUAUAAAGAAUCUGUUGAGCUGCGUCGGUGGGAGAAUAUAACAGGAUAAUUCGCGACUUCGCUCCGAUGAAGGGCUAACGCUCGAAACGUCAGCUUUAAAACUCUUUACGGUGGCCAAUUUACGUUAUCAACUCCGUUGAUAAUACCAAAAUUGUCUUGUGAAGGACUGUUGUUGGUAAUAGUGACUGAUAUUUCAACAACCUGAGUGGAAGUCAUCAUCAGGAACAAUUGAAUAGUUGUUGUCAGUAUAAUAUGUCCGGUUCAUGUGAAUUGACUGGUCAGUUCAGCCGUGAUGGUAAUGGCUAUAAGACUCAGUUGGUGUAAUUCGGUUGUGAUUAGUCAGUUUCAAUCCGUGGGUAAUGUUACAUCGUUCUGUUGGGUUCGUUUGUGGUGUAUCGUAAAUGAGCAGAUUAUUGUUCAUCUUGAAAAAUAAAAUGCUUAAAAUAUAAUUUGGUUCUAUUUUUGCAUAGUAUUCCUGUUAAACAUUGUUACUGACGAAGGAUUCAGUAACCAAAGAACGACAGCAAUUAAUAAAAGCAAGAUUUUACAGAUUGACUUCUUCAGGUUUCGUAGUUGAUGAC